AUGCAACAUAUCUAUCUAUAUAUCUAUCUAUCUCAGUCUGUUCAUAUAUCUAUCUAUCUAUCUAUCUAUCUAUCUAUCUAUCUAUCUAUCUAUAUAUAUGCUCAUCGAUAUUUCCUUCCUCUAUUGGACCUGAAUGUUUUCUUCUUUUCUCUUCUUUACCAUUUUCUUCUUCUUCUUCUUCUUCUUCUUCUUCUUCUUCUUCUAAUUUUCUUCUUUUCUUUUUCAUUUGAGUUCCUAUCGUUCUUCCUCCCUUUCCAAAUAUCUAACAUUUCUUUCAGUAGACGUCUUGGCAUACGAUCUAUCUAUCUAUCUAUCUAUCUGUCGACCACGCUAUCACAAUCUGUUCCGAUCUUUUUAUGUCUUUCUUUUAGGCCUCAUUUCGUUACUCCUUUUCUUUUCAUUCUAGAAUUCUAUUUCUUUUUCCUUUUUUUUUUCUAUUCUUGUUUUUUCUUUCCUGUUGCAACACCCGUCAUAUCUAUCUAUCUAUCUAUCUAUCUAUCUAUCUAUCUAUCUAUAACCAGCAAUAAAAAUCUAGAGUAUUAUCCCACCUCUCUCUUCCCUUCUCUAUCUCCCUUUCUUUACCCGCCCUCUCUUUCUUUAUCUCAUUUUGUUCUUUUUUCCAAGACACACUUUCUCUUUUCCUCACUUUCUUCUUCUUCUUCGUCCCUUUUUCUUUUCCAAGCAUUCUUCAUCUAUACGUGGGUGAAUCAAUAA